AUGGGUCUUGACUGCGCGCAAUCUUCCCAGCACAAAUAUAAAAAGAUAACCAGGCGAUCUGAUGGAUACUGGUACAAAGAGUGGGUUGGUGGGUUGGGUGAGAGUGGAAACGCACAAGUGGAAUCAUUUGCCAUGGGAAUCUACAAGGGAAUGUUCAAGGGAAUGUUCAAGGGAAUCUACAACCCCAAAAUGAUUUACGAGGUAUGA